AUGGCUUCUUUUAUUUCAACAUCCACAGCACCUUCAACCACACUUAUUUGCACUUCUACUAAUUCCCAAUGCCACAUUAGGCAAAUAAAAAAUGCUCAGCCAGAAACAUUGGAAGUUGUGCAAAGCACAAUUGCCAAACAGCUAUCGAUUGAUGAAAGUACAGUGACACCUCAGACUAAAUUUGCUGAUUUGGGUGCUGAUUCCCUUGACACUGUGGAAAUAAUGAUGGCAUUAGAAGAGAAAUUUGGAGUGUCAAUUGGAGAAGAGGGAGCUCAAAAUAUUGCUACUGUUCAAGAUGCUGCUGAUCUCAUCCAGAAAGUGAAGGAAGUUGAAAAUUGA